UUGAGGAGAAAUGAGAAUCAAUUAGUGAGAAUUCAGAACUGUCAAAAAGACACCAAAUAUUGGCACAAAAUUCAAAAUGUGUCGAUUAUAUUUAUUUUCAGUAAAUGGUUAAACAAUAAAAUGAAAGCAAUGAAGAGAAUUAAUUUAAUAUCCAUGAAAUUUCUGUUUAAAAAUUUAUUUUAUUUAUUUCUGUAAUCAUACAUUAAACAAGGCCAUAUCAUAAUAAUAAUUUGAAUAAGACAAUGUCUAAUUCAGAUGUUUGUGAAGACUGUAUAAGUUCUGCAGAAGCACUCUGUCAUAUUAAAGUGGACUCGCUUGUUAAAUUGAAAAAUAGUACAAAGCAAUUAUUAAAUUUACUUGAAGAGAUUCAAGCUAAAACACAUCAAAGAAAUAUUGUAUAUGAUAUUUCAAAUGCAUGUUCCAGAAUAACUAAUUCAGUUAGACCAAUUCCAAGUACCUAUGAUCAAAAUGCUACCGAAAUUUAUGAUUCAACAGCUCUAAGAAAUUUGGAAAAAAAUACUAAACAACUAGAUGCUAUUUUUAUAGAAGAUGAUAUUGAUGAUUGCUCCAUAUAUAAAAGAUUAACUAGAAAGUGCCACUGCUUAAAUCACCCAACCUAUAAUGACUUCAUUAUACAAUUUAAUGAAGUUACAAGAUAUACAACAAGUUGUAUUGGGGAAAUUAUUAAAAAUAUGAAGAUAUUAAAAAAAUUCCUUUACAUGGGUGGUGAUUAUACAAAAAAUGCCCUUAUAUUUCUGAAUGAAGGUCUUAUAGAUUGCAAGCCCAAAGAGAAAGUAGAAAUAUCUCAAGGUUGCACACAUGCAGAUAUAUGUAGUAUUUUUGAUGAGCACUCAAUAAUUGUGACAUGUAUAUCAUGGCCAUGUAAAUAUAAAGGCUAUGGAGACUUUGUCACGCAGAAUCUUGCAGCAAAUUUUGUUUACAAACUUGCAGAGAUAGAGGAAGGCAGAAGAUAUUUGAACUACAGUUCAAAAAUAUCCAACGACAUACGAAAGGUUUUAAGAAAAAAAUCUGCAGUACUAGAAGUUGAUACACUAGAUACAUUGAAUUCAAUAUUGAAUUUAUUAAAACCAACAUUUAUCAAAAACAUGGCUCUAACAUACUUCACCAAAUCAAUAUAUGAAGGUAUAGGUAAAAGAACUAUAUGUGAUUUAAUGCAAUAUCGCCAAUACAUGAUUAGAGAUGAAGUCCUGAUGAACCUUGAUACAUUAAAAGAUUACAGUUAUUACGACUAUGGAAAAAAAGAGCUGUUGGAGAAUCUUCCAGCUCUAUUUACACUCAUGAAACACAUUCUUGUUGAAUAUGAUGACAGUCAAUUGAAUAUUGUCAUUACAAAUAUUCUAAAUAACAUUGUUGUGAAGAAAAUUAUUCAACAGGAUGAUGAAAAAAAAAGGCUAUCGUUCUUACUGACACAUCAACCGAGCCAGUUGAAAUGAAAAAUGAAAUAAUUCAAAUACCUCCUAGAAAGAUACUUAUCAAAAGUGAUAAGGCAAAAUCUAGUCUUGGUAUUUCUCCAAAUAAACACAAAAACAAAAGAAAAAUUUCAGGGUGGGAACCAACAAGGUCCUUGAAUAAAAGUAGAAAAUUUACAAGAGAAUUAAUUUAAUUUCAGAACCAAGAAUACGGUAAUCAUAGUGCCUUUGGAAAAAUAAGUCACAGUUUUAACAACAGGUUAUUUAUUUAUGGUAUUAAAUAAAUCUUAAAAUAA